AUGCAAUCCUAUCCAUCUCGUUUCCUAGGAGUAAUGGCAUCCAAAGAGCAACAAGUCAUAAAAGAUCUCGCUGUGCAGAAUGACGACAAAGAUGAGGGAAGGAAGGCCUCUAAGCAAAGUGAAGAAGAAUCCCAUCGCUUGGACGAGGUUGAAAACAAGAAGCCUGGGGGAAAUGUCAGAAGGGGACGGGUCAGGCGACUUGUGCCUAAUUUUCUGUGGGCCAUACCAAAUAGACAUGUUAAUCACAAUGAAGGGGGAGAGAAUGUUGGAAAAUUUGUAGGACAGGUGGUGGAAAUCAAGAGAAAGUCUAAGGAACAGCAGAUGAGGCCUUAUGGGCGUUUCCAAACACCUGAACCUGACAAUCACUACGAUUUUUGCCUCAUACCUUAA